GCGCGGUGGCCCCGCCCCCUGGCGGACGCCCCGGGGCAGAGGCACUGCCGAGCGGAGCGGGGCACGCACUGCCCCGGCCAUGCAGAGCCUCCUCCUUCUCCUGCCGCUGCUCGGCACCGCAGCCCUGCCCGUCCCGAACCGCCGCCCCCGGGGCUGCGCCGACACAGCCGGCCCCUACCUCACCCGCUACCUCCGCCAGCAGAUUGAUCACUUUGGAUUUGAUGAAAAUCUUACAUUCCAGCAGCGGUAUCUAAUAGCAGAUCAGCACUGGAAGAAAGACAAUGGACCGAUACUAUUUUAUACAGGCAACGAAGGAGACAUCACAUGGUUCUGCAACAAUACGGGUUUUAUGUGGGAUGUGGCUGAAGAACUUAAUGCCAUGUUAGUAUUUGCUGAACACAGAUAUUAUGGAGAAUCUUUGCCGUUUGGGAAUGAGUCUUUCAGCGAUUCCAAGCAUCUGAAUUACCUGACAUCUGAACAAGCUCUGGCAGACUUUGCAGUACUAAUUGAGUACUUAAAGACAACCAUUGCGGGAGCCCGUUACAGUCCUGUCAUAGCUAUAGGAGGAUCUUAUGGAGGAAUGCUUGCAGCCUGGUUAAGGAUGAAGUACCCCCAUGUGGUAGUUGGAGCUCUGGCAGCCUCCGCUCCAAUCUGGCAAUUUGGUGAUUUGGUUCCGUGUGGCACUUAUUUCAGCAUAGUGACUAAUGAUUUCAAACAUAGUGGGACAGGCUGCUCAGAAAGCAUCCGGAAUUCCUGGAACGCUAUUAACCACCUUUCCUCAACAGAGGCAGGUCUACAGUGGCUUUCCAGUGCAUUUCAUUUGUGUGACCCAUUAAAAAAUCUUCAGGACGCUGCUGUAAUGAAAAAUUGGCUGAGUGAAACAUGGGUAAACUUGGCUAUGGUGAACUAUCCCUAUAAAGCUAACUUCCUACAGCCUCUGCCAGCUUGGCCUAUACAGGAAGUCUGCAAGUUUUUGAAGGAUCCUAGUCUCUCAGACAAAUUGUUGCUGCAGAAUGUUUUCCAGGCAGUGAAUCUAUAUUACAAUUAUUCAGGAGAAGCCUCGUGCUUAGACAUAUCUGAGACUGCAACAAAGAAUCUGGGCCAGUUGGGUUGGUACUAUCAGGCUUGCACGGAGAUGGUGAUGCCAAUGUGCACAGAUGGUGUCAAUGACAUGUUCGAACCUCAGAAAUGGGACUUUGAUGCGUUUUCAGAAGAGUGUUUCAGGCUGUGGGGAGUGAGGCCUCGCCCCUCUUGGAUUCUUUCCAUGUAUGGAGGCAAAAACAUCAGUUCCCACAGCAACAUCAUCUUCAGCAAUGGUGGCCUUGACCCGUGGUCUGCAGGUGGGGUGACCCAGAACAUCAGCAAUUCCCUCGUGGCAAUCCUGAUCCCAGAUGGAGCCCAUCACCUGGACCUACGCAGCCGCAACCCUGAGGACCCCAGAUCGGUGCAGCAAGCUCGAGCCUUGGAAAUCUGCUACAUGAAGCAGUGGAUUGAAAAGGCCCGGCACAGCCACUGAAGUGGUACUACAACAACGGUGGCCAUUCCACCUCUUUUGUCUUUGCUGGGAGCAGGGCCAGGCCAUAUCUCAGAGUCCUCUGAACACUUCAGUCCUGCUUCCUCACCUCUGUUGCAGUGGUAACCAUUGCUUGUGCCCAAGCCAAGCAGGUGGCACAUGGAUGGAGAGCAUUCUCAGAUAAUAGGUUUUAGUCAAAGUGCAUGGGUUGAGCCACCUGUUCUCUCUUGCUUCCCUCUUCUGCUCUUCUCAAAUGCUGUACUCUAUGGUAGAGUUCCUGUUCUAGGCUUGAUGCUGGCUGUGCUGAGCAAUUGUCCUGGCAUCUACAGUGGAUUAAAUGGCAGUGCUGUUGAUGAUGAAGCUGCUGCCUUCUGUGGGAUUGAAUUUCAGACAUCCUCACCUGGCAUAAACUAUCAUAGCAGUGGAAUGGCGGUAAUGGGGGAACAGAAAGCGCAUCUUACUGUGAUGUUUGGUGGAGAGGUAGGGAAGGCAUGGGGAAACUGGCUGUGCCAUUUAUGAAGAAACUAAACAGCCCUGCAAUCAAUGCUGAAAAGUAGUAAAUAUCUUUUUUCCGCCUUUGUUUUCUGGCAGCUUAUUAAUCAAAGCUUCCUCAGGUAGCUUUUCCAUUCUGUGCUGUACUGAAUAGUCAGGGCUGGACCCAGACUCACUCUGCUGAUAGCUGGCUGAGAGUGCACAAUCUGUAUCAGGGUUUUGUUUCUUCCUUUGCUGUUUUUCCUAGUCCUGAAAUAUCUACCACUGUGACGAUGCUUGCCAGAGAAAACUCUGGGUAUAUUUGUGUGUGUGUAUGUAUGUAUCCCCCACAAACACUUUAGCUUCUUCAAAUCAGGAAGCUAUUCUCUUGAAGAGCAAGUGUGACACUUGUGCUGGCUAGAUUUUAUGAAGUGACAAAUAAUUAGGGCUGUGCCUUGUGUGGGCUCCCCCCCUCUCCCCCCAUUCUGUGUAUUGUUCAAAUUCUGCAUGAUCUGUUUGCUGAUGGCUCCUCAAUAAAAGCCUUUUAAAAAAAAAAUUGUUUGCAGGACAAACUAUUCAAAACACAGAAUGCAGCCAUCCUCUUGGAUCAGCCUAAAGCCUGAUGCUGAGCUCAACAAGCCAGGUGCACUGAGCUUUCUGUAAGGCUUCCAAAGCAGACAAACUGCCCUGAUUCAUGAGACAGCAUAUUUGACAUUAAUAAAUGGCUGGGGCAGUCCCCUCGUUUUGCAGCUUUGGCUCUGUUCACACUGAAGCUCUUCUUCAGAAAGGGUUCUUUGCAGUUUAAAGGACAACUCCAUUUCAGAAAGACUCAGGCAAGGCUUUUUGUCCCCAAACUCUUAAAAUUUCAGUUCUGUUGAAAAGUUUUCUCAGGUUUGAUGUUGGGCCUGAUAUUUUCCUAAGAACCAGAUGGCCUUUUCUGCUUCCAGCUUCCUCCUGUCCUUUGGGAACAAAGUGAACCCAACAUUGAAAUUUUAUCUUUUAGUACACUUCUGUGUGUCUUCUUUCCAAUAGAGUUCCUGGCAUUCCGUCGUCUUGUGUUAAACAUGGCAUUCAUGUUCAGACUCCGCAAUGUAAACCUUUCAUGCUCUUGAGCAAGGUAAUUACUUAAGGGACUAUACAGAACAAGACCAAAGCUGAAGAACCACAUGGAAGAGGGAGAGCUACAUACAUCUCACCUGCAACCUGUUGACUGAAAGCUAUUGGUAAUCCCUGUUCUAAUAAUUCCAAUUUUUGGCACUCCGCUGUAAAUAUAUUCCACUCUUGUACUCGUGUACUUUGUGAUAACAUGGUGACCUUGAAUUUUUGUGAAACAAAUAAAAAACUAUGGUUUUCCUAAUCAAGUAGGUUACAGCCAAAUUUUUAGAAAUUCCAUUGUAUUUUCCUAUGCUUUAAUUGAUGAAUGGUAGUGUCCUGCUUUACUGCAGUUCAAGGAGGGGUGGGGAGAGGCUCAUUUCAGGGAGUGUAGGGAUAGGAUGAGGGAGGACACUUUUAAGCUGAAAGAGGGGAAAUUUAGAUGAGAUAUGAGGAAGAAAUUUUUGACUGAGGGUCGUGUGGCACUGGCACAGGUUGCCUGGAGAAGUUGUGGAUGCCCCAUCCCGGGAGGUGUUCAAGGCCAGCUUGGAUGGGGCUUUCAGCAACAGGAUGCAGUGGAAUGUUCCACUGUCCAUGGCAGAGGCAUUGGAACUGGACGAUCUUUAAGGUCCCUUCCAACCCAAACCAUUCUAUGACUCUAUGAAAACAGAAAUCUUUCCUUUGAAACUGCAUCUGUGAUUUCUACUCUGUAGGAAUGAUUUAUAGAUGAUCAGUUGGAAGGUUGGUUCUGUCUCUGUUAUUUGCCAUGACAGCGUCGGUGUUGAUGUUUAGCUGGGUGUUACUACUGGAGACUCCAGGUUUUUUUAUAAUCUAACCUCUGUACACAUUUUUAAGCCAAAGCCUUGGUCUCACAAAAAUAACUUUAUAAAUCCACUUUUAAGUCUCCCCAUAUUAAGGAACUAAAAUGUUCUGGUUUGGCAGCGCAGAUUAGCAGAUACUGUGUGUUAUAUGAGCAGCGA